AUGUGGCAGGAGGAGGAGGAGGAGGAGGAGGAGGAGGAGGAGGAGGAGGAGAAGGAGAAGGAGAGGGUUCGGUAGAUGCAGCGCAGGCAUACAGUGGCUAAAAACGAUUCCACGUGCAAGUCACCGUCCCUGCUCUCACUCUGCUGUGGACCACGGGGCGUACGUCGUCGGACGGACAGCCGUACUGUCAAGGUGCAGUUGCACCUCUAUGCACUCAAAUACAGUCAGUAGAAUAUGCAUGAAUUUGAAGACAGUGAGUAACAUAUGUGCGACGACGCAGAGCAGAAAGUGCUCAACAGAAAAGCCGAAUCCUAAAAUUGGUUGUAGGUAAUCGUGUUGUGAAAGACAAUGCUGAUUUAAAAAGGACAGAAUGGUAUUACCGACAAAUACAUGGGAGACUGGAAAGGCCAUUUCUGGCUUAUUAGCCGUCGUCAGCCAGUCAUACCCAACCCCGAGGUUUGGAACACCAGGGGCUCGAAUUAGCGACCUGUUAAUUAGAAGUUCACGCCUCUAACCACUGGGCCACGGGCCCGUUGUCCUGUUGGUUUCACUCGGAAAUAUACAAUGGUACGGAGCGCUCACUGAUCGUUCUUACGGAACUCACUCGUUCCGUUGUGCCUUACGACGGCUAAUAAGCCAGAAAUGGCCUCUCCAGUCUCCCUUGUCUUUGUCGGCAAUACUAUUCUGCCCAUAUCAUGUGCCGCUGUGCGGCUGCUGGUUGGGCUCGAGGGAGAGCCCGUAAGGCACAACGGAACGAGUGAGUUCCGUAAGAACGAUCGGUGAGCGCCCCCUACGUUUAAAUGGACAGUCUUUUUAAGCACAGCCCUGGUGCAGACAGUCACCAUCUCGUUUGUAAAUGAGUUUAAUAGCCGGAAUACUGGUUGACUGAAGUAAAGUUCUUGCUGAUUCGUGCGCUCACAAUCGCGUUUGACCUUGUACGGAAAGCUGCACAUGCGAGUUUUGUCUGCAAGCUCAAAACGUCUUCAGCUUACACCGAACAACCACGCCACGGUGAGUGCAGAUUGUCCAGACCAGGCUGCAUCUUAACCGUCUAUAAGAAAGGGGAAGUAUUUCAAGCCAGAUUGACUUAGUUGGUUAUGACAUCUUGAGAUGUAUCGUCUACCUGUAUCUCCAGAUGCCAAGACUCGAGAACAGAUCUUGUUUGUAAACAAAAAAUUUAAUUCAGAACAUUUGUCUGUGCUUACUUCAUUUGAAUUCGAGUUUGUCUCUACUAUAUGGCCACUGUCCUCAUUACCACUGACUGGGUCUAUAGGAGAAUCAUGUUUCCCUAAAUUAUUUCUCACUUGUAAAUAGUCAGGCUGCACUCUCCAUCGGUAAGUUUCUUUUUAAGGCGCGUCAUUAGUUCGUGAGGUUUUAUACGUUCCACUGGGAAGUCAUGCGACUGGAAAACCUCAUUUUCCAAGUUUCGGAGGUUGUUUUUCUCGACAGAAGUAACUUUAGCUCUUCUUUGAUGUCCAAAAGGAUUCCAACAGGCGCGAUCGCACAGUUUCCGACUCUUCGCCAACCCUUUUCCAAUGCUGAAAGCUGUACGAACGGUCACUCCCUUGUCAGAAUAAGGCAUCUUGUUCAGCUAGUGUUGAAACAGAUUAACAUCAGCGGACAUCCUUACUUUCGGAGUAUGAGCAUUCGAAUCAGUCAAACCCUGAACGAUUACGCAAUGUUGGCGAUCAAGGGGAUAGUUGGUUUUACUUCGACCGCACUGUCGACCGAAGGUCCUGAGGCAUGCACCGGAUUUGGCUUCGACUACAAAAUAAAGCUGUGGAGUUUUGUUAUCCUCCUAAACACACGGUCUUGUCUUCGCAUUCACCCAGAUGCUUCAUAUGCCACUCAGGGAAUCUGGCAGAACCUGAUGUCAACGGUUGUCCGGGCGAGCUAGUUAUUUCGCCAUUUUGGUGCACGAAAACUCCCAUCAUUCACAUUUUAAUGUGCAAACGGAGCAGUUCGUGAGACGUUAGUAACUAAGACCAGCAAUAUUUUUGUGUCAUCGCCUAAUGGUCUUGUGUAUAAACCUGAUCUGCUUUUAACGGAAGUUUAGUUACCGUAACACCAAUGUCGCCACUGCGCAUCUCUAUACUUACAGGGUCGCUGCCGAUACUUUAAAAUGCCCCAAAUCGAUAUGCUUCUAAAAGUUUUGCUUCCCACGAUUUGACUUUUUGAGUCUAAUACUUUUAACUUCAUUCCAACCAUCAGAGUUGUACCGCAUGGGCGCCUUAAAUUCGCAAGUUUGUUUUCGAAUCCGUCGACUUUGGGCACGAUAUUUGCACAAUCCACACAAGGUUUGUGCCUGCAUACCACAUCUCUUGUGACAAUUACGCUAUUUGCGCGCUUUCCUGGUUCUUCAACGUAGACACAAAGAGGGCGAACGCAAGUCCUGGAUGCGCAUGUCAUCUCAGCAUGCUUUUUUAACAAAGUGCCGGCGCUGGUUGUGUUACCGUCUUAAUGUUGCGGAGAGUCCAUAGAAAUUAACUAAUGGCACAGAAAUCUUUUCAGUUUCAGGACUAACUAAUACUUCGGACUGUAUAUGAUGAGAUGUGAUGAAUAAGUUUAAUUCAAUCGGCGAAUAAUGCCCCUGUCUAUCCAAAGUUGCUUGAAAGAUUAACGAAAUUUCAUGAUAUAUGUUCAGAGGCAACUCAGUUGUUAGUACGUCUCGAGGCCUCUGGAUAAUUUUUGACCCACAAGAAUGUUGGGUUUCUGUUCUUUUAGGCUGUAAUUUGCCCGCGAGUUCGUUCCGUAGACAGUGUAGCGGCUGAAGACGUUGAGGGUAGCACACUCGGGGCGAUAUAAAACACUGGAAAUAACUUCUGGCCUAGAACGAGCUGAAGAUAGUUGUUAGGCACAUCAUUACACUCAUUCAGACGAUAAGGCACAAGAAGAAUUUGGUGAGCACAAACGCACAUAUGAUAGGAACGGUUAGAAAUGCUGUAUAUAAGUAAUAGUCAAUAGUGCAAGAAAAAACGAAUUGCAUCAGGGACGUGACCCGUCUGGGUUGCACGGUGAUGCCGACAUGCUCGCCAAACAAAUGGUGGGGAAUGCAACAUUGUUGGCAGCCGAAGAGCAGGACAAUGAGACGUGCCGACGUAGAGAAUGGGCGGGACGAGCAUUGCGGAUAGAGCGUUGACGAUUGUGGCGAAGAGCACCGCUUGUUUUCGCCGACACGCCGUUACACCAUCCCCAUACUGGAUCCGCGCCAAAAGUGUUCACUUAUUCAAACAACCCACUCCUAUACGUGGAACGUUGUGACAGUUAAACUUUACUGAUAAAAAUGGUAGUUGACUCAACUCCCUGACGAAUUCCGGAACGAGGAAAGUCAUCCAUGAACGCGGGAACUAGUUGUGUACAUACUGUCCCGACCCCAGUGUCUGAGACGAUAGUUACGAAGUGGUAUCCAAGCAGAAAUAGUCCCAGUCGCAGCACAGAAUAGUCCCGUCGUGUACAGUCGCGCUGUCCACUAGUGAGGCACAUUUAGAGGGCUGUUUAACUCUUCCUGCCUCCGCACCCGAGUUCGCCUCAGGUCAUCUUGGCAUAGUGUUGCCAUCGGAGCAAGGCGGUAGAGGGGGAGUGCGGAAGACGCUACGCAAAUCUUCGUCACUAUAAACCAAUUAACGCGCAAGUCACUGUUCUGCGCCCAUAAAGUGGGGGCAUGCGGUGGACGUCGUUCUUCGCAGCCGCCGAACUGUCAUAAACUUUCAUUCUUUCACGAAUGCGCGCUAAAUACCACCUUGGAAGUUGGCGUGCAGCUCACUAUGAACAUCCUCGACUGCGGCUGCUCUGAUUUCGGCCUGGCCAUCGGUGCGCAGAAGACGAUGGUCCCGCAUCAGCCACUACCCGAUGCUGACUGCACCGAACCCCACAUCAGAGUCUAUGGGACUCACGUCCCACCAGUGGACAAAUUCCCGCACCUUGAAAGUACAAUUCCAAGGAACAUCAAAAUCGCCGAUGAAAUCGCAAGUUAGACCCCAAAAGUCAAACGCCCCUUCGGGCAGCCACGGUAUUCCUCCGAAAAUCUUCGCGACAUCUCAUUCAACACAACACUAGCCACAUGCACGGCUGGCUUGACAACUCUCCAGUACGAGGCGGAGACAUGGACUGCCUAUGAGGGCCAAACGAAGAUGUCCAAUUAUUUUAACAUGAAAAUGAAGUGGUAGGAAAGGAUCCGCGACACUGAGAUCCUGUAAGGAACAUGUGUCUUAGCACCCACGUCGUGCUGAAAAGAUAAAAAUGCGAUGGGGACGGCCAUACUGUGAGGAUAAAUGACGAACAAUCGCCUGGAAAGCUGUCCUAUGACGACAUCGCCACAGCUACUCGCAGGCAGGGUGGGCAAAAGCACCCCGACAGGAAAACCCGAUGAACCUUAUUUAGGAUUAUCGGGCGUGGUUUAUUGCUAAUGACUGAAGGAGUCGUCUUCGAAGACAAUGGAGAAAUCACUGUCGAGGCAAAAAGAGAAACCCGCAGGGCUCAAGUGCUACGAGCCAGUGAUGGAAACACCUUAUUCAUGCCAUCCUUGCACACUGUUAACGGACGUUCGGAGCACAGAUCGGCCUCGUCGGACAUCUAUGUAUCCGGUGCGGUUUCAAUGCUACCAGCCCCCUCUCACUUCAGAAGACAUCAAUAUUACCUCCACUACCAGUAUAGCCUGUGAGAACGCUCCGAUAUAACUGCAUCAUCAACACCCUUUCCCAACUACCAGCAAGACAGACCUAACUCCAUUUCGUUCCCAUUUUGACCACGCCUCCACAACACGGCUGGCCUGGUUAGCCAUUUGCAAAACCAUCAUACUGAGACCGGCAAAACAGCACCGAAUACAUACGUCAGGCACUCCUCGCCUGUUCACACUGUCCCUGGAUAUUCAGCCGUCGUAUGGGUUCAUACGGUCAUAUGCACCUUCACGAAAGCCUUCGGUAAAAACCAUUUUUAUACCUCUUUCAUCACACAGCGUCCUGCUUGCCCAAACACCGCCACGAGCUGCCUAUGAACCUACUCCCAAACACGUACAUACACACCGCCCCGUAACGUCAAAUCACUCUCCUGUAGAAGGCGCGUAGUGGCGAAAAUGUCGCGUGGCACGCAAACAAGGUCUGUUUAGCUCUGUUAUUCACGGCGUUUGCUCCCACCCUAAGCAGUCUUGACAUUUGCUCACAAUCGGAGCAAAUUGAACGAGGGAAGAGAUAUGGCAGUAAACUGCGCAAGUCGGGCCUCUGUGCCCGCCCCACUGAGCAGGCGUCUGGUAUUGUUGCUUGCGACGGUAAAACUCUUAGUCCUCGGCAUUAAAUGAGACUGUCUGUGGAGCACAGAAUAAACAUCCAGGCGGGCGACGGCCGAUCUGACCUUGGAUUUACUGCUCCGUCAAAUUCCUUAACCUUCCAAGAAUCGUGGGGUUUCUACAAAAGUAAACAGGCACCCGCAAGGUUCCUUUUUGAACUCCCUUAUGAAGUAAAUUCAAAUAUAUUUCCCCGAUUUGAUCCUUACGACCAAGCCUUGAGAUAAAUAUCCUGGAAAUAUUCUUGAGCCAAGUAAUUCACCCUCAAAAUCAGUGCGCAGUCACCGGCUAUGAAGUGUGAUCAAAGAUAACAUCUUUCUACACUGUAACGGAAAGAGAUAUCACCCAAUAUUAUGAUCCAGUAUGAUUUGGAAUAUAAAAAGGUAGGAUGUGGUGCCUUCGAGGACAUUAUUAAAACUGAAUUUAUGGGUGUUCGAACGAAAAUAAACGCGCUAAAGGGGCGUUUUGAAUAGCAGUGUCUGUGUGAUGACACUUCAUAACCGGUGACUGCGCACUGAUUUUGAGGGUGAAUUACUUGGCUCAAGAAUAUUUCCAGGAUAUUUAUCUCAAGGCUUGGUCGUAAGGAUCAAAUCGGGGAAAUAUAUUUGAAUUUACUUCAUAAGGGAGUUCAAAAAGGAACCUUGCGGGUGCCUGUUUACUUUUGUAGAAACCCCACGAUUCUUGGAAGGUUAAGGAAUUUGACGGAGCAGUAAAUCCAAGAUCAGAUCGGCCGUCGCCCGCCUGGAUGUUUAUUCUGUUCUCCACAGCGUGGUGAGCGCAGGACGAUGACUUCCAUAUGAACUGGUAUACCUGUAUGGCACCUGUUGCACUCCAUCCUCUCUCACCCGCCCGACCCCAGUACCAAGACAGAGUCAGGAGCAUCGUAGGCGUGGUUGCUCGCAGUAGCUGGCAAAACUAACUAGCUCGUCUACGACUGUCAUACACGGCCAGCCAGCGCACGAUAGACAAGGCUUUUACAAAAGUAAUGGCAGCUUUGAACUCACAAUCGUGGUCGUGCCGAGGAGGUCACAUUAAAAAGGAGCCAUUGAACGCGACUCUUGGUCCAAGGGUAAAUAAUUUCACAUGCACAAUUUGACCGUCGUGACCGACGAUUCCGUCGUGUGUUCUACAGCAAUCUUGUGAAACAAUAUCUUACAAAAUUUUCAGUAUGGCUUCUGAAGAGGACGUUCCUGCCUCUCAAAUUCGCUGACUUGUCUGCAGGUCAGGACUAGGACUUUAGAUGUCCUGUACGUCUAUGUUCAGUUCAGUUCAGUUCAGUUCAGUUUAUUGAGGGAAAUAGGCGUAAGCCUUUGAGUACCUUAUUUGCAACGUAAAAAAUGUGUGGUAUACAAAUAGAUGUUCUGGGCUGAAAUAGUUCGAACACGCCCAUAAUGGUGGGACAAAAUGAGAAGGAGGUACAGGGGGUGAGCUCGACUUCUCAUCGCUCUUGGUCAUUUCGGAACAUAAAUAUGUCCAGAUUCUUCUUAAAACUUUGUAUAGAUGGUGACAUCACAACAUCUGCAGGAAGCUCAUUCCACGGUUUGACCACCCGAACCGAGAAGGAGAACUUCCGCACAUCCAGCCGUGCCUGCUGAGUGCGCAGUUUUAACGGGUGACCUUGGAGGUUGGUCGUGGUAGCAAAUUCAAAAAAGUCCUCGAAGGCCAGACUGCAAUCCAACCCCUUUACAAUGCGGAAGGCUUGCAAGAGCUCUCCGCGAAGUUGCCUGUAACUCAAAGGAAAGAGGUUCACAUUUACUAGGCGGGUUGCAUAAGGAAAGGAGCUUUGACCCCUAACCAUCUUCGUGGCUCUCCUCUGGACUCUUUCGAGGCAGUUUUGAUCCACAACAGCCCACGGCCUCCAAGCUUGUAUGCCGUACUCUAAAUGCGGCCGGACGAAUGUUCCGAAUGUCUUAGAGAAAGCUUCUUCGUCAAAGUCCAUAAACGCACGCUUGAUGGCGUACAGUACGGACAUUGCGCUUUUUGCCACCCUCGAACAGUGGGCGGAUGGUUUUAGGGAACUCGUCAUAAGCGCACCGAGGUCCUUUUGGGCUUCGACCUCUUGUAGAGCUGCACCGCCCAGAAAGUAGCCUCUUGUGCUGGCGGAUCUGGCUGUGUUGCCUAGGCGAUGUAUGCUACAUUUGGCAACGUUGAACCGCAGGAGCCAACGGUUUGACCACUCCUCCAACCGAUUCAGGUUCAUCUGCAGUCUGUCUUCAUCGGCAGGACCCCGAAUUACACUCCAUAUCUUCAUGUCAUCCACAAACAUUGCUACUUCACAGUCUAAAUCUCUUGCGGCAUCGUCCACGUAGAUAAGGAACAAAAUAGGUCCCAGUACUGAACCCUGGGGGACAACACUAUCGACCAUAGCCGGAUCUGAUUUCCCCCGACCGACGCACACAACCUGCUGUCGACCCACAAGGAAGUUUUCGAUCCAUUUAUGGAAGUUGCCACCGACCCCUAUUUUUUUCAGCUUAUGUAUCAGUCUUUGGUGUGGCACAGUGUCGAAAGCCUUCUGGAAGUCGAUGAAGGCUAUGUGGACCGCGUGCCUGUCGUCGAGAGCUCGGGUCCAGCUCUGGAGAGAUUGCAGCAGGUUUGUCGUGCAGGAUCUUCCUUUUCAGAACCCAUGUUGGCAUUUCGAUAGCAGGCCGUGAACUUCCAGGAAUUGCAUCAGUUCACACUUUAUGAUCCUUUCCAUAACUUUGCAGAGAAUGCAUGUCAAGCUUAUGGGCCGGUAAUUUGUCGUCGCUGCCCUGUUACCUCCUUUGUGUAGCGGAGUAAUAUGCGCCAGUUUCCAAUCGACAGGAAGUGUUCCAGUGUCAAAUGACGUUUGAAAGAGCAUCGACAAAGGCACAGAGAGCUCACGGGCAAGUUCCUUCAGAAGCUUCGAUGGAAUCUCGUCUGGUCCUGGCGACUUCGAUUCGUUCAAUGCCUCUAAUUCUCUUCGGACAAUGCCUUCUGAGAAGAGUAUAUCACUGACGCUUGGAGUCGGCAGUUCUUCUGUGGAGGGAGGAAGGAACCUUGCCUCGUUUGUGUAGACUGAUUGGAAAAACCGUGAAAAAUACGCAGCUUUAUCCCUACUAUCAGCGAUCUCAACGCCAUCAGUAGUCUUUAUCAAGGGGAUUUGAUGCCUGUUCCUUGUACUUCGUCGGAGGUAGCUGUAGAGCAAUUUUGGGUUCUGCGUUGCUUUUUGUAGCAAGUUCUUCUCGAAUUCCCGCCGCGUCUGAAUUAUUAGCUUCCUCAGUUUGUUCCUCUGUGUCUUGUAGAUGUUAAAGCAUUCAGCUUGUCUAGUGACGCAGUAUUUUCUCCACAAUUUGUGCUUCCUGUUGAUUUCUUUCUUGAGGUUGCUAUUUAGCCACCCAGGGCGUUUUUUCAGUCUUACACUAGUCAGUGGGCAGUGGUUGUUGAUGAGCUGCAGAAGGACAUUCUUGAACAGCUCCCAGUCAUCGUUGGCACUUCCCGUAAACAAAGAGCCCCAGUCAAGACCGGAUAAGUCUGCCCUCAUCUGAUUGAAGUCGCCCCGCCAAACAUUACGCCUUUUGUGGUCUGGAGUGUGUGAAAUGGAGAAUAACGAAUAAUCCCGCAUAAGCACUACGUGGUCACUUCGGCCAAGGGGCGGCAUGGAGGCGAUCUCGUCUAUGCUGUCUGGUGUUUUCGUAAAGACCAUAUCCAGGCAGUUUGCCCUUUGUCCUUCACGUGUUCUCGUUGGGAACAUUACAUGUUGUGUGAGGCACGCAUUUAAUGUUUUGCUCAACAGGCGGUAAUUGAAUGCCGAUUUUGGACCUGACGCUUGGAGGGUAUUCCAGUUUGUUCCUGGUGCGUUGAAGUCGCCCAUGAUCAUGAUGUUAGGUCGACUGGAAAAUUUCUCCAACUGCUCCAAUAGUUGAGCGUCGGCGAUUCGGUCUGUCCUAGGUGGUCGGUAGACAGUAAGGACAUCGAGACACGGGGAACCGGUAGCCUUGAUGGUCAACCAGAUAGCUUCCGUACUGCACGCAAACUUGAUGGUGUUAUCCGACACUGCCAGACCGUCAUUCACAUACACAACUAUACCACCACCCUGACGAUGUUCCCUGUCCCUCCGAUAAAUUUGGUAUCCAGGCAAGGCUACUUCGUUAUCGCUAAUAUUCCCGGACAGCCAGGUCUCAGUUACUGCUAAAACAUCUGGAGACAGCUCAACAAGGCAAAGUUUUAGUUCGUCUUGUUUCGAUAUGAGGCUUUGGGCAUUCGUGUACAAGCACCUCAGUUUAGCACCAGCUGAAUUUCCCGUUGCAUUUGUUACUGCUGUGAGCAUUACUCCGUUAUUGCGGACGUCGUGUUCUCUAGGCUCUUCCGUUACCUGAUUGGUUCCAUUUACAUGCCUUGUUUCAGUCAGAUCACUGGACGCUACGGGCUCACUUGUGUUGGCGCCUUGAUCAGGUGGUUCAACGAAGGUGUCUGUUUUAGCUGAGUAGCUGUCAUCGUUCGUAGUAUUACAGGCUGGUUUCACUGAAACGGCAUAUAUUUCCGAACUACCUUCCCCUUGAAGAUAGCCAGAUUGUGUUCGCCAUCCUUCAGUCUUGAUUUUAACUCCAAGACAAGUUCCUGGCGUUUCAACCGUUCCGCUGGUGAAUAGUCCGGUUGAAAAAAAAACCUGUUUGUGCGUGUUUCUGAGAUCGGUUUUUUUAGAGAGGAUAAACUUGAUUUGCUCUUUGUUCUCCAGCAUAAUUUUGAGAGGGCGAGGUGGUUGUGCUACUGUCCUGUCUUCACUCCUUUUUCCUAUCCGGAAUGCUUUCAGAACCUUUAUUUCCAUGUCUGCCGGCAGUAAAUGAUUUAGCAGGCCAUGAAAAGAAGCAACGUCCUCUGAGACACGGUCUUUAGGUCUGACUGCAUUCGAUUCUGACAAACCCUGAAUAACCAGACACUGCUGGCGAGCAUGGUCCUCCUUACUCUGUCUUUCCGGUGAAUCCGCUGCAUGUGGGCGAGGACGAUUUACGGAGUCAUCGCUUGGACGCACACUUUUACUGUCUACCGACUGUCCCGAGCAACCCAUCAGGGCUGGCUGGGACUUCAGAAUCCUGUCAUGGCGUUUCCCUCUCCUCUCUACCCACUGGUUUAUGUCUUCACAUUCAGAUACGUGCUCUGUAGUGCGCUCGGGGUGGUUGCCAGAACAAGAGGGCAACAGUAGACUGGAUGACCCAGGUAUAUCUUCUCCAGGCAAAAGAGAGAUUCCGUCACUUACAACAAGAGGCUUAGACGAUAUGGCUUCCGCGUCAGGUAAUUUUUCUGUGACAUCGCUUAAGACAUCUUCCAUGGGAACCGAGUCUGCCCUUACCGGCGGCUUCUUUUUCGUUGUCCUGCUAUUACCGGCGUCUGCAGUUUUGGCUACUGAGUUGCAAUUCGCGUUUAAAGAUGCCCCCGAGGAGAUAUUUUUUCGCGUUUUUUGCGUUUUGCUCUUCGUUUUUGGGAUUCUAACACUGGACACGUUCUGGCCGACUACGGUCUGUUGCACGAGCGUCCUUAAAUCAGCAAGCUCCUUUUCCAGUUGCUCUACUUUGAUUUGAAUAUCUGCGCACCCACCACAAGGCUCGUCUUCGUACCUAACACUUUUUGCGGUAUUUACGCUUUUUGCACGCUUUGCUGGUCGUUGGCUGGAGGCGGAGGUAGAGCGAGCACAGACUCUGGAUGCGAAGGACAACUCACCGGACUUAUCUUCCAAAGAGGUGCCGUCGCUGGCCGUACUACUACAGUUAGCCUGCUGAGAAUCCAUAACCUUCGACGUGAUAUAAUAGGUAUAAUUCCGCUUUCGAUGUUAUAACGAAUACGUCGGCUUAUAUAUUAUGAAUUUAAGUGAGUAUUCAAAACUCAAUAAGCGAAAAAAUACUUAAAAUCCGAUAAAUUUUGUUGAAUUUAAUCAGAAGCGACUUAGCCCUUUCCAGAUCUCGUGGGACUUGAAUAACUGCAGACCUUGAAGGAUUUUGAGCGAUUGGUUUACUAGGCUGUAUACCGUGAAACGGUUGCGUAGCCAGUUGCGUUGCCAGUUGAACCGUGCUGAUAAACAAAUUGCACUUAAUCCAGGUUCCAGACGAAUUUCGAUGCGUGAAAAAAUAUUCCAAAAAUGCACAAAGUUAGUCUGUACGUACGGUUCCAGUAUCAAUGUCAGAGACUGUAACUGUGGAAUGGUAUCCAAGUCGAAAUUGUCCCAGUUGGAGCGCAGAAUAAUUCCGUCGUGCUCAGUUGGGCUCAGUUCAAAAAGCAUUCGACAUUGUCCCGCACAGACGCCUUCUUCAUGAACUGAGAACCCUCAGCAUUCGGGGAGAUCUUCUGGGCUGGAUAAGAGCGUUUCCGGUUGAUCGAAAACAGCGUGUUUGGGUCGAAGAUGACAUGUCAUAAUGUGUGAACGAGACUAGCGGUGUGCCUCAAGACUCAGUUCUAUGACCCCUAUUUUUCAUUCCUUAAGUUAGUGACAGUCUUCGAGAACUCGACUGUCUUAAAAUAGUGUUUACCCACGAAGUUAAACUCUGGCAAGGCAUCUAGAGUUUGAAUGACCAAAGAGCCCUUCAAGAUAACCUGCACCAACUACAAACGUGGUCCGAGAAAUGGCUUCUGGAUUUCAAUAAGCAGAAGUGUAUCGUCCUUCAUCUGCGUCCGGCUAACUGUUACUCAGACGGCAGCGUGAAGGCAUAUAACCUGAAAGACAUUACUCUUCCCGCAGAACCUUUACCGGGGGAUCUUGGUGCUUGGAUAUAGAGAAAAAUUAAACCAGGACUGAAAUCCAUCAAGGCUGCAAAAACGCCAUAGGAGUACUCCAUGCGAUCAAAAGGGUGUUUGCAAUUUUUGGGAAAACUUUUUGGGAGGGUUUACGACGCCUUUGCUCGGCUUCAUCUAGAAUAUGACAUAGAAGCGUGACGGCUAUGGCUAGCAAAGGGCCAAACAUGCCUCGAAAUGGUACAACACAGCGUAACGGAGCUGGUAAAGGAUUUAAAAAACCGGUCUUUCAUGAAAAGACUGAACUGCCUUUACUUAUUCCCACUGUGUUACAGGCAGCACAGGUGUGAUCUUAUCUUUGUUUAAUGAACGACGCAUGGCCUUGAGCAUGAACUGGGUUUUGAGGACGUGUUUCAGUGGCACCUUCCGCCCAAUCUUCGUAGCCACUAGAUGAAGCUACGCACACAAAUGUCCAGGAUGAACCUUCGCUCUGCAUUUUUACACAAAGAAUAGCAGAGAAGUGGAAUGAUCUCCCUCAAUCAGUUGUGGUCCCUACAGCUCUUCAAGAAACGCCUGGAUGAUUAUUUGUGUCCCUUGUUUUCCCCCGACAGUCUGAGUCUGAGCUAGAUACCCCGCAACCCCAGGAUAUUAGCUUUAAAAAACAGCGCUACUUAAAUUCGUCGAAUACUGUUUUAAUAGCGACCAUUUUAACAGACCGUAUACAACUAUAUCUAAAGACUGGUAUAUACUCAAUUGGGUUUUCAAAGGCCUUACCUAUUAUCUUGACCAAAGAAACUGAAAUAGACGGAAAAAGCAGAGCAAGAGCAAGAACGAUGACUUCCGCGCUAAUUAAUUUAAAGUGAUGGUGGACCUGCGCAACAUUUACCGCUCUCUCUUUCUCCCAAAAUGAGCCCAGUGUUAAGAUGAAGUCAAGAAAACCUGAGACAGGAGAGGGCGCAGGUGGCUAGCACGGUGUUGCUAGUGGCGGUCGUGCUGGUCAUAUGGAACUGAUUUGGCCAGGGAAGAGAGAGUUGGUGAAUGUGCGAGAUGUUAGGUGUGUUAAGUGUGUCGAUACUGCGGCGACUUCUACUGCUGUGGGUGUGCAUGUGACUGAAUAGGCUCGUGCGGCGAAGGAAUGUGCGUGGGUAGUGAGGGUGGGUGCGAUGAGUGCAUAUGGGGACAUAUGGCACGGGUGAUCUGGCUGCAUUGCGCUGGACUCGCAGGUGGCCCGACGGCUAAUGUAGCCCUUGUGCAACCUCUUUUUCUGCGAACAUGUGGUUGAUGUCUACUAUGUUGUCGUCGCGCCCGUCCUGGUGUUAAGGAUGUCUUAGGACGUCCAAGGCAGUGUACUGAAGUCCUCAAUUGAUGCCAUUGAGUCUCGACGGUGGCGCCGUCGUCCAGGGCCGACAGUUAUUCCAGAUGCUGGGUUAAUUGACUGCCGAAAUGUAAGCGGUGAGCAAACAAAUGCAGAAGAACAAUAUUUAGAUUACCGAAUGGUCACUUACCUAGCGGUCUCCUGCGGAGUUCCAGUUGGAGCCUGAUGUUGGGGAUGACGAGGCGGUAAUCCGUCUAGUCGUCGACAACGCCGAUGACCUUGGUUUCUAG